AGCGCGGCUGAGCGGCCAAGCAGCCAACCCCGGAGGAGCGGCCGGCCGGCGUCCGCCGCACCCAAGAGUUGGGGAUGUCCUACAAACCCAUCGCCCCCGCCCCCAGCAGUACCCCCGGCUCCAGCACCCCUGGGCCCGGCACCCCGGUCCCUACAGCCGGAAGUGUCCCAUCGCCAUCGGGCUCGGUGCCGGGAGCCGCUGCCCCUUUCAGACCCCUGUUUAACGACUUCGGACCGCCCUCCAUGGGUUAUGUGCAGGCAAUGAAGCCACCGGGCGCCCAGGGCUCCCAGAGCACCUACACGGACCUGCUGUCGGUCAUAGAGGAGAUGGGCAAAGAGAUCCGGCCAACCUAUGCUGGUAGCAAGAGCGCCAUGGAGCGUCUGAAGAGAGGUAAGUGA